AUGCCUUGGGCCUGCACCAAGGCCAGGAGAUCUGUGACGUUCAAGGAUGUCACUGUGGACUUUACUCAGGAGGAGUGGGGGCAGCUGGGCCCGCCGCAGAGGAACCUGUACCGGGACGUGAUGUUGGAGAACUAUCAGAACCUCGUGUCACUGGCACCAGAUCAGUGCUCAGGCAGAGGCCAGCCCUUGGGCCAGAGACUUCAUACUAGAGAAAACCGCUUUGAAUGUAAUGAAUGUGAGAAAUCCUUUAGUUGGAGGUCAUCCCUAAUUUAUCAUCAGAGAAUUUAUACUGGAGAGAAACCCUUUGAGUGUAGUGAAUGUGGAAAGGUCUUCAGUCAUAGAACAUUAUUUGUCAUAAAAGAAUUCAUACUGGGGAGAAACCCUUCGAAUGCAGUGAAUGUGGAAAAGUCUUUAGCAAGAAAUCACAUCUUACUCAACAUCAGAGAAUUCAUAGUGGAGAGAAAACUUUUGUGUGUAGAAUGUAGGAAAGCCUUCAUCCAGAGGAGACACCUUACCAAACACCAGAGAACCCAUGCUGGAGAGAAGACUUUUGAAUGUAAUGAAUGUGGGGAAGCCUUUAGCCAAAGGGAACACCUUACCAUACAUCAGAGAAUGCACACCAGAGAGAAACCUUUUGAAUGUAUUGAAUGUGGGAAAGCCUUCAGCCUGAGGGGGAACCUUACUCAACAUCAGAAUAUUCACACUAGAGAGAAGCCUUAUAAGUGUCAUGAAUGUGGAGAAGACUUCAGCCACAGGGCUUCCCUCAUUCAUCAUCAGAUAAUCCACACUGGAGAAAAACCGUUUGAAUGCAGUAUUUGUGGAAAAGCCUUCGGUCUGAGGGGCUGCCUUAAUAGACAUCAGAGAAUUCAUACUGGAGAAAAGCCCUUUGACUGUAAUAAAUGUGGGAAAGCCUUCAGCCACAGGACAUCCCUUACAUAUUAUGAGUGA